AUGUAUAAAUAUAACAAAUUGCUAGAUAUAAUCCUUUUGGGGAUAAUUGUAUAUCAUCUGUUAAUAUCACCUUAUACCAAGGUGGAAGAAUCAUUUAAUAUUCAAGCAAUUCAUGAUAUAAUUAACUAUGGGGUAUUUCCACAGGAGAAUGUCUCAUAUAACUACGACCAUAACAAUUUUCCUGGUUCAGUACCUCGGACUUUCGUUGGAAGUUUAGUGAUAGCAGGAUUUGUCAAGGUUAUUCAAUCAUUCACUUCAUUGGUCGGUAUUAAUAAACUAAUUUCGAAGGAUCAAAGCCAACUUGAUGUUCAAAUACUUGUGAGAUGUGUAUUAGGGUUUGCUAACGGGUUUGCAUUUAUGAAAAUACGUGAUAGUAUCAAUCAAAUAGCAUUGCGUGACAGGAUUUCAAAAAGUAGGGGUCUGAUUGGAUUUUGGUUCAUGAUACUACUCAUUUCACAAUUUCACAUAUUGUACUAUUCGUCUCGUACCUUACCCAACUUUAUUGCAUUGCCGUUGGUAUCCUACGCUAUAAGUAAGAUUAUCGUUGGCGAUAUGUCUGGUUUGACGUGGAUGUCUUUUACAGGUAUCGUUUUCCGUUUAGAAAUUGGAUUAUUUGGGGUCAUUAUUGCGCUAGUCUCGCCCAUUAUUUUCGGCCAGAGUGAUCUAUUUCUUAAUUUCGUUAUGUUAUUUGUGGGUACGCUUGUUGGACUUAUAACUACGUUCACUAUCGAUUCAUACUUUUGGGGUUAUUGGCUUAUUCCUGAAUUAGUAUCCUUCAAAUUCAAUAUUAUUUCUGGUAAAUCAGCCGAAUGGGGUACAGAGCCGUGGGCAGCUUAUUUUAAUAAGUACAUUUGGCAGAUAUUUAGACCACCAAUUAUUUUAAUCCUUGCAUUACCAGGUUUGAUGAAUGAUCCAGCGGAUGAUAAAAUUUCUACUGCUUCGAUCAGUAAAGUACCUAAUAAGAAAAAAAUUGAAGUGACACAUCCUGCUAAAAAUUCUUUACGUAUUUUAUCCGUUUCUUCCUUACUUUUUAUUAUUGCCAUGUCAUUCCAACCACAUAAAGAAUGGAGGUUUAUAAUUUACGUCAUACCCAUUUUGACAUUAUUGGCUGCUAAUGGAUUUUCUAAUAUAUCUAUUAAGUGGUCCACCUCAAUUUUCAAUAAGCUUUUAAUAUUGAUCUGCAUGGCAUUUAUGCUAAUUGGCAUUUUAUUAUCAGCUAUCAUGGGGUAUGUCUCUAGCUUCAAUUAUCCAGGAGGAGAUGCAUUAUUAUUUGUUAAUAGGUAUAUGAACGAAAGUAAAGGUCAAAAUUUUUUCGUUCAUAUGGAUGUUGCAUCUUGCAUGUCUGGUAUCAACAGGUUUGGAGAAAUUCAUAAUAAUUCGGCUAUAAAAUACGAUAAGACUGAAGAUGAAUUUGAUUUGUUGACUGUCUGGAAUGACAUUGAUAUUUUAAUUACAGAAGUUAACCUAAAUGAAAUGGACACGGUACAUGCAAGUUCAAAACUCACCUACAAUUCUAAUAACUGGAAGACUAUAUACGUCUCUGAUACAUUUAAAGGUAUUUCAAUAAUUCCAAUAAUCCAGUUGGUAAAAGAACAGAGAGCAAAUUCUUACACAAUCCCAGCUUUGCUUACUCAAAUUGUCGAUGAACUCAUUCAUAUCAAGUUUUGUACUUUGAGGAAUCUUAUACAUUCUAUGGUAAUUACUACUGAUUAUUUAUAUGUCUACGAAAGGGUGUCUCCUGACGAAGGGUUAGACGAAUUGAUCGAGGAGUUGAAAGUUCAAAUCCCUUAUAGGUCGAUGGAAAAUGACAAUUUUGAUCUUAAAGAAGUUGAUUUAAAUGAUCUAGGAGAAAAUAUAAAUGACGAAAUCAAUAUGUUGGAAAAAGAAUUUACGGCUUGA